CCCCGCCCCGCCCCGUCCAGUCUGGCCUGGGCGCUGGAGGGAACCUGUCCUAGUUGCUGCCGGCCAAGCAGUCCAUCUUGGCCACGCGUGUGCCCUGUCCCGCGUCCAGUCAUGACCUCGCGCCCCUCACUGCUCCUACUGCAGCUGCUGCUGCUCUUGUUCAGUGGAGUGAUGUGUCGCGCUGAGGCUGGGGUUGAAACCGAAAGUCCUGUCCGGACCCUCCAAGUGGAGACCCUGGUGGAACCCCCCGAACCGUGUGCAGAGCCCGCUGCCUAUGGAGAUACACUUCACAUCCACUACACGGGCAGCUUGUUAGAUGGGCGCAUUAUUGAUACCUCUCUGACCCGAGACCCUCUUGUGAUAGAACUUGGCCAAAAGCAGGUGAUACCAGGGCUGGAGCAGAGCCUUCUAGACAUGUGCGUGGGAGAGAAGCGAAGAGCAAUCAUUCCUUCUCACAUGGCCUAUGGAAAACGAGGAUUCCCACCAUCUAUACCAGCGGAUGCAGUGUUGCAGUUUGACGUGGAGCUGAUUGCACUGAUCCGAGCCAACUACUGGCAAAAGCUCAUAAAGGGCAUUUUACCUCUGGUAGGCAUGGCCAUGGUGCCAGCCCUCCUGAGCCUCAUUGGGUAUCACCUGUACAAAAAGGCUAGCAGACCCAAAGUCUCCAAAAAGAAGCUCAAGGAAGAGAAACGAAACAAGAGCAAAAAGAAAUAAACAUAAUAAAUGUU